AUGCCUAGCUAUCCGUUUCAAAAGUUAUGCUGUGUACACCCAGUCAAUAAUCCGCAGCCGUUCUUGUUUGCAGCAUCAGGACCACUCAUCUCCUCUUUUGAUCUCAAAGAUGGGUCAGUUUUAAGCCGGUGGCCGAACCAAGACAGCACAGCCCGAGAAGAGAGCUCUGAAGAAGCGACAGGGGACGGGAAUCGCUUGAAUAAACGCCGGAAGUUGGACACAGAGGACUCGACCUGUCUGUCUCGCCAGACAUCUGAAGAUUCAAUUGAGAUCAUCUCUGAGCGGAAGAAAGAAACGCGGAUAAAGCCGAAAGUUGAAAGUGCACAGCAACCCAAUAUUUCACAUCUGCUUGCCACGAGCGAUGGAACUACGGUCAUCGCCGUGAUGGCUGAGGACAAGUCGGUCAAUGUAUUCGAAGUGCAGUCUGAAGGUACCCUCAAAUUACAAUCCAAGAGAUGUAUGCCAAAACGAAUGUGUGCAGUGGUCUUAACACCUGACGAGAAGACCAUUCUGGUCGGAGAUAAAUUCGGAGAUGUCUACACAUUGCCAUUAUAUCCUCUAGCCGAUUGGGUACCUCGAAAAUCUGAGGAACCGGCAACGUGGACUCCAUCCGCGACGGAACUCACAGUCCAUACUAAAGGUAAUCUUCACGCGCUACGACAGCAACGCGAGCAGCGAAUUCACAAUCCGAAGAAAGAAGGUCUUGAGUUCGAACAUAAGCUCCUGUUAGGCCACGUUUCUCUGUUGACGGAUGUUGUAAUCGCUGAGAUACAAGACGGCCCGAGACGAAAACAAUACAUAUUAACAUCUGACCGAGAUGAGCAUAUUCGAGUCUCCCGAGGCGUCUCCCAGGCUUAUAUCAUAGAAGGCUAUUGCCUGGGUCACCAAGAUUUUGUCAGUUGCUUGUCCAUAUUGCCUUGGGAUCCGAAAUUGUUGGUGGCCGGCAGUGGGGAGCCAUCUUUGAAGGUUUUCGACUGGCAGAGUGGUCGGUUGUUGGAUGAUGGAUUAUUACAAAGAGACGUCCAAGAUGAUAUCACCACGGCGUUGGCCCACAAUCAUGAAGGGCGUACCAUCAAUCGCCUUGUUGUCUCUGGAAUCUGGCCUAUCCACCAUAACGUCAUCCAAAACUCUUCGUGUGCCAGUCAGCCUCCACACAUUCUCCUGGUGGCUCUAGAAGGUCUACCAAUACUUCUGAGUUACAUGCUUGAUGAUGGUGGAAAGCUACUGCACCAUCAAACCUUGGCCCUAUCAGGAAAUGUCUUGGAUGUAGGAAUUCGGCCAGCUCAAUGGGAGGUCAUCGUCAGUCUCGACACGGUGCAUUGUCUUGGCUCUCUCAAGACAUUUGCUCCGCGGGAAACUCCCGCGCUAAAAAUGUUCGAAAGUUUUAAGUUUCCCUAUAUUUCCGGCUCGACUGCGCAGCUGAAAGAUCAAGUCGAAUUGCAAUGGGAGUCUUCAAGCUUUGCGAUGCAGUUAAAUGAUGCAGCAUCAAAGAUUGAGAGAGCCGAGAUCCCAGCCGAGCAUGCUACAGAGGUCGCAGGUACAUACAGCGCGCUUGGAGAGAUGUUAUAUGGAUUAGAGAACUUGCGAAAGAAACGGUGGCAAGAGUUGACGAACGUUGACGAAGAAGAGCCCCUAGAGGAAGCCAUCGUCGAAGCAGAAGCUCACGUACAACCUGAACAAGUUAAUGUAUGA